AUGACGUCUCAAUCUGCGCCGCACUAUGACAUUGUCAUCGUGGGUGCUGGUCCUGUUGGCUUGAUGUUGUCAACCCUUCUCGCAAGAUGGGGCUACAAGAUCAGGCACAUUGACAACAGACCAGAGCCGACAACCACGGGCCGUGCUGAUGGUAUCCAGCCACGUUCUCUCGAUCUUCUGCGCAACAUGGGUCUGAAGCCCGCCAUCAUGGCUCACCAGCCAGCUCGCGUGUACGAGGUUGCUUUCUGGGACCCGCCCAAGAGCGGCGACGGCAUUGAGCGCACAGGAACUUGGGCCAGCUGUCCCAGCUUCAUAGAUGCCCGGUAUCCUUUCACAACCCUUCUUCACCAAGGACUCAUCGAGCGCGUCUUCAUUUCGGAUCUUGAGAAGCACAACGUUUCCAUAUUGCGGCCAUGGACGAUCAAAGGCUUCCACUCCGACGAGGCACAGAAUUCCGAAUACCCCGUUGAGGUCCAACUCGAGCACGUCGAUGGCUCUGCGCAGGAGACCGUCCGGGCCAAGUAUCUGUUUGGCGGCGAAGGUGCACGGUCAUUCAUUCGCCAGAAGCUGGGCAUCCAGGUCCGCCACAAGGACCCAAUUUCCUAUGUGUGGGGCGUCAUGGACGGAGUUGUUAAGACCGACUUCCCGGACAUCAAGGCGAGUCUCCGUAUGAAGUGCACCAUCCACUCACGUGACGGCUCCAUCAUGGUCAUUCCGCGUGAAAAUAACAUGGUCCGACUGUAUAUUCAGAUUGCCUCUUCCACGGACUCAGAUUUCAACCCGCGGAAGACGGCAUCCGAGGAGGAAGUGCAAGCACAUGCAAAGAAGAUUUUGCAGCCAUACUCAAUCGAGUGGGAGCGGGUUGAGUGGUACUCGGUCUACCCUAUCGGCCAGGGCAUGAACACCGCAUUCCUCGACGCCCAGAACCUCGCCUGGAAGAUCCACCUUGUCGAGAAGGGCUUUGCCAACCGCAGCCUGCUGCAGACGUACCAGUUUGAGCGCAAGGAGGUGGCCGAGACGCUCCUCUCCUUCGACAACAAAUACGCCAAGCUCUUCUCUGAGAAGCCCCCAGCCGCCAGCAUGGUGGAAGCCGCGACCGAGUCCAAGGCUCCUUCGAACUCGAGCAAUGAGGAACAGCACGACAAUGCGUUUGUGCAAGUUUUCAAGGAGAGCUGCGAGUUCACAAGCGGCUACGGCGUUAAGUACCAGCCCAGUCUGAUUACCUGGUCCCCCGACCACCCAGCACAGCUAGCAACUGUCGACCCGGAGGCCAACAAGCUGCGACCUGGCCGGCUCUUGUCCAAUGCAGAUGUGACGCGCGUUGUGGACGCCAACGUUGUGCAUCUUGAACAGGAGGUGCCCAUGAACGGCUCCUUCCGUAUUUUUAUCUUUGCAGGCAAGUCGUCGACUACGGCGGCCGCUCUCCGAGACCUUGAGAGUGGCUUGCGGAAACGCAACUCGUUCUACGCCUCCUACCAGCGAGCGGAUGUGGACACGGUUUCGUAUCACGAGAAGCACAACCCCCACAGCCUAUUCUUUACUUUCUGCAUCAUUUUUGCUGGCCGUCGGCAAGAUAUCGAGAUCUCGCGCGAUGUGCCGGGCCUUCUCACACGGUACCGGAAUCACGUCUACGCCGACGAUCGAUCGAGCUGCCGUGUCCCGGACGCACGUGCGUCGGCACAUGUUAAAAUGGGUUUCGACGAAGACCAUGGCGGCGUUGUUGUGGUCCGACCUGACGGCUAUGUUGGUAUUGUUACGAGCCUUGUAGAGGGCAGCGGCACAUUGGAUGCGCUCAACGCUUACUUCGGGUCAUUCUGCACAAAGAAGCUCGGCCAAGAGUCGGCGCAGCUGUAA